AUGACCGGCGGCACAAUGACUAAGGGAGGCAAUAAGACGGGCGUCUACGCUGCCGCAGCCGCGCUGCGUCUGCUGCUAUUUGUUGCGUUCCCCGGCCUGCCUGACCUGCUGACGGGCCGCGUCGAGAUCUCGACCCCCGUGACGAGCUUCAAGCGCUUACAAGAAGGUCUCUUCCUUUACAACAACAACGUCUCUCCCUACGAUGGGGGCGUCUACCAUCAAGCGCCCCUCUUCCUCCCCCUCUUCUCCCUCCUCCCGGACCCGAAGUCGCUCCCGAUCUUCACAUACCUCCUCUACAUCAUCUUCGACAUACUCAGCGCCGAGGCUCUUGUCAGGAUCGCCGACUCGGGCGAGGCUGGGUCGUCACGACUCUUCUCCUCCCCGCGCCGCGGAAAGAGGUGGAGCGGCAUCGUCGUCGCAUCUCUUUACCUAUUCAACCCCUUCACGAUAGCAACCUGCAUCGGUCGAUCCACGUCCGUCUUCUCGACAUGCGCCAUCCUCCAUGCCAUCGCGAAAGCCAUCUCCGGCGCGCCCCUCGGCGCAAUGAUUGGCCUCUCCUUCGCGACCUACCUCUCCAUGUACCCCCUGCUCCUGCUCCCGCCCCUCAUCCUUCUCGCCUACGACCGUCAUGACCCCUCCCGCCGCGUCGGUACGGUGACGCGCUUCGCCCUAGCAAACACGGGCGUUGUCGCCGGCGUCCUCGGCGCCCUGUUCUUCAUGUCCUUCCUCCUGACCGGCGGCUCCUGGGAGUUCCUCUCCAGCACUUACGGCGCCCAGCUCACCCUUAACGACCUGACCCCCAACGUCGGUCUGUGGUGGUACUUCUUCAUCGAGAUGUUCGACUCCUUCCGCUCCUUCUUCCUCGCCGUCUUCUGGCUGCACCUGUCGAGCUACGUCAUGCCGCUGACCGUCCGCAUCCGCACCCAGCCGCUGGUCGUCCUGACCAUCCUGCUGGGCAUCUUCGCCAUCUUCAAGCCGUACCCUUCCAUCGCCGACACGAGCCUGUUCCUCGCCAUGCUGUCCCUCUUCCGCCACGUCUUCCCUCUGAUGCGCUACACCUUCGUCGGCGCCGCCACCAUCAUGUACGCCUCCUUCCUCGGCCCGGCAUUUUACCACUUGUGGAUCUACGCCGGCAGCGGAAACGCAAACUUCUUCUACGCCAUCACGCUGGUAUGGAGUCUGGGCCAGAGCCUGCUUGUCAGCGACCUGACGUUUGCCGUGCUGCGCGACGAGUGGGAGGUUGAGCGGCCCGAGAUGGUGGGCAAGGAGAUCCGGCAGAUUUAG